AUGUCUGUGAGAACUCUCCCGCUGGUUUUCAUUAAUCUGGGUGGAGAGAUGCUUUACAUACUGGACCAACGCCUGCGAGCUCACAACACGUCUGAGGACAAUUCAGAGAAAGGAGUGUGGUCAGAGUAUGACAGAAAAAGAGUCAUGAAUGACAUCGUUGGUACCAUGUUCAAUAAAGGCUUCAUGGAUGAGCUUCUCAAACCUCAGCAGCUGUAUUCUCACAGGACAAUGAAAACAGUGCUAACUCGUAUAGCACAUGCCUCAAUCAUGAGGCUAAACCCGGCCAGCAUGGACAGGCUUUACGAGCUGAUGAUAAUGGCAUUCAAAUAUCAAGUCUUCCUCUGUCCACGGCCAAGAGACUUGCUGCUCAUCUCCUACAACCACAUAGAUACCAUCAGGGAACUGGUAAAAGGAACCCCUGUGGCUUUGAAUCAAGUGGAGGAGGCACACAGGAAAAUCAUUGAGGUUUACACGUCGUUAUCAGAUGGCGAAUUCCAGCUUCUACGACAAACACUGCUCAUAUUCUUACAAGACAGCCAUGUUCGGGUGUCACUUUUCAUGAAAAGUAAAGUCCAGAAUCCAAACGGUCGCUUCGUCCUGACCCCAUCAGGCCCAGUGCCUAAUGGAAUAGAUGUUCCGGGGCUCAUUAGGACGUUCGAUGAUAAAGGGAAAGAAGUGAAACGGAGUGAGUUCCCCAUAGGAGGAAGUUACACCAGCCCCAUCAGAGAGGGAUCUCUUGAUCUGCAUGGAGACCGAGUCAUCAGACUGGGGCUGAAUAUGUACACUGUGAACCAUCCAGAGGAGACACACACAUCCAAGGCUGCCUCUGUCAAGACAGAUGACACCCCGAACCUGCUGGCCAAAGAGGAGCUGAACCAGCUGGCUCGUCUGAUGGGCAGCAUGAAGGCCGAGAACACGCCCGAACCUGAGCCUGUGUUAAGGAUCAAUCUGUUUAACACGGACCAAGAAGAGGAGGAGGAAGAGGCGAGAACAGCAGGGGGAGCUGGAGAGCCAUUGUUUGGAGUGAUAAAUAUUCAAGCAAUGCAGGAUGAACAGGUUGCCACUCAGCUGGCUCAAAUCGCCGGACAGUUCACCGAAGGAGAAGAGCCGUCUGAAGAUCCCAGCAGCAGCAGCGACGGCAACAAAGGAGACGACCUGCUGGCCAUGAUGGACCACCUCUGACACUGCAGCGUAGUUUGUAAUGAGACCUCAGAUUAAUUUACUGUAUCAACUUUACUGCCUCACUCUGGAUUAGUCUUUAUCUAAAGGAAAAUCCUGUUAUAUUUCACUGUGAGAUUCGAGCUUAAAUUGUGACACUUGUUUAUGAGUUUAGAUCUACACUUUGCACUUAAAAUGUUAAGUAAUACAAGAUAAUUUUUCUUUUACUGACAAUGCACAGAAUCUAUUACUUUAUUUAUAUUGUG